CCCGACACCGCUCCCCCCAACGCCAGGCUCCGCCGGCCGCAGAAUACUCUACCCGGACGACUCCUCUCUCGCUUUGCUGCCGACCUUGGCAAUGAGCUCGCCGACACACCUCUGCUGCUAGGAGCUUGUCCACAGGGCAGAGUGUUUCUCUUAGGAAAAAAGGUUGUUGUGGCAAAGAAAGGGAAAGGGAAAAAGAAGGGCAAAGACAGUGAAAAAGCAACUGAAGGUCCUGAAAAACAGAAGCGUAAAAGAGCGCCUAACAAGAAAUCAGUUGAAGAAGCUAAACUUGGUGGCCCGGUGCAUUACAGGUGGAUGUACCCUCUAGAGAGAUCAUUUGUUUGGCUAAAGUCACUUGUGCGCAAUAGAACUUAUCCUGAAGGUUCUAUUGCUGAAGGAUAUAUUGUUGAAGAAUGCUUGACCUUUUGUUUAAGAUUUCUAGAAGGAACCACACGUUUCACGAGAACAUCUAGGAACCCUGAUCCUUCAGAUAAUACAAAGGGCAUGUACAUGUUUGAUAGUGUUGGUGAGCCAAUUGGAAAGGCUGUCACUGUAGGCCAGUUGGACGAUCAGCUUCUAGUUCAAGCACAUCGAUAUGUCUUGCGACACUGUGAUGAGCUUGAUGAUCUCCGUAGAGAAUUUGUGGAUCAAGAGAAGAGGAAGCCGGGUAACUUAAAUUUGACGGAUGAUGACAAUCAGGAUUUGAUUAGUAGACACUUUGCUGACUGGUUGGAACAAAAGAGAUUACAAGGUGGUGCUCUUCAAAUGUGAUUGGUAUGAUGUUCAUCACAAAGCUGGUAUUUAAGAGAUGAGUUUGGAUUCACUCAUGUGAACUUCUCCCGCAAAAUACAUACAUGGGAGAAGUUAGAGGAUGAUCCUUUUGUAUUUUCUUCCCAAGUGGACCAGGUAUUUUAUAUCCAACAUCCGAGAAGUGAGAAUUGGAAUACCAUGGUGAAAUUCGAACCUCGUGAUAUUUUUGACAUGGGUGGAGAACCAUCUUCUGAUGAAACAGAUUAGUCUUUGUGCUUUCAGCUUGUUAUCGGCAGCUAAGAUAUAGGUUGAGCACUUGUCAUCCAUGCUCCUUGGUAGAGUUGCUCCAAUAUAACUAUUCUAGCUGGGCGGAUCUUCUUCAGAAUAUAUUGUUCCCUGUGUUACUCUGUAAUGAACGAGUCCAUGGUCUUUUUUAAUGCAUAUUUUCCCUUUUGUUAUGAAUGAAUCUAUGGCUAUC